AUGGCCCGGGGCCGAAAAGGGCCAAGGGCAAAAAAGGGCCAAGGGCGAAAAAGGGCCAAGGACGAAAAGGGCCAAGGACGAAAAAGGGCCAAGGGCAAAAAAGGGCCAAGGAUGAAAAAGGGCCAAGGACGAAAAGGGCUAAGGACGAAUAAGUGCCAAGGGCGAACAAGGGCUAAAGGCAUAAAAGGGCCAAAGGUGAAAAAGAGCCAGGGGCGAAAAAGGGCCAAGGGUGAAAAAGGGCUAAGGGCGAAAAAAGGCCAAGGGCGAAAAAGGUUUAAGGACGAAAAGGGCCAAGGGCGAAAAAGGGCCAAGGGCGGAAAAGGUUCAAGGGCAAAAAAGGGCCAAGGGCGAAAAAGGGCCAAGGGCGGAAAAGGGCAAAGGGCAAAAAAGGGCCAAGGAUGA